AUGGAGGUGGAUUCAAAACCAACAGAAUAUAUUGCCAUUCCGGGUGGCUUUUUAACUCCGGCCAGCAGUCUUGUGUCUCCGAUAUCAACUUUGAAUUUCGCAGAGAACAUGUCCAUGAUCCCUAGUAUUGGAUUCAUUGUCAAUUCAACGAUAACAAUCAACAACUUCGUCGAGAACUCAGGCUCGAUCGAAGGUGGUGGGAUCAUAAAAGGAGAUUUCCGGUGCCCCGAAAAAUCGAACUUUGAAGAACUUCAUGAUAGGAUGGACAAUUCUUCAGUGCAUUUUGCAGACUCUAUGGGGUUUCAAAGUUUCAGGGAAGGCUUCACCGACAUGCAGCUGGUCGAUAAUGGUGAAGGCCAUAGCUCAUCAAACCCUGAUUUGUGA